UUUUACCUGCAAAGCGUGUGUGCUGCAUAAGCCACAUUAUUAUUAUUAGUUGUACUUAACAAAAUACACAUAUUUAUACAGUAAUUUUGUGUGGGAACUGCGAUGUUUGCGGGCAGAUCGAGGAUGAGGCUUACGAUUGAUUUGUGGCGGCUGUGGUCCGCAUGCGGUUUGCUAAUACUGCUGUUGCUGUUGCAUUUGUGCGCGGGAUGUUCGACACCUCCUGGCUAUCAGCGUUCGUCGCAUGCCAACUCUGACAACCGAAAGACGGGCCCUGGCUGUGAUGAACGACCUGCUGGAGGAGGCGAUGCUGAACAACCGACAGGACGACCGCGUCAUAUUGACGCAGCUGGCUCCAAGCGACGCCGUGACGAAUAGCAUGGUAUACCGACCACGACUAGGGGAAGAUGCCACGUUCCGAUGCGAUGUGCCAGCUGGCAGUGACUGGCGCGCCGUAGCCUGGCUUCACCAGGACCGCACCGUCUACGAAGCCGGCCGACCGCUGCCGGUGGAGGACGUCUCGGGACAGGCCUACAACUUCACUCGCUCUGACGACAUCCUCGUUCUCAUCGUCCUGAACGUCACCAUGCGCUCCGGCGGCUCCGUGCAGUGCAUCACCGCGCCGGCCAGCAGUUACACCGCCCAGCGGCGCGUUCUCCAGAGAUAUAUGCUGUUGCCGCUGAUCACGCGUCAUAGCGACGUCUUUGCCUUGCACGACGGGCCGUACAUGACCGCCACGGAGGGCGAUCACGUUGUUAUCCCUUGUAGGAUCCGACUGCCCUUGCCGGAAGCUAUUCUCAUGAAUCUGCACAACCACUUGAUGUGGCGUCACAACGGCCGGCUAGUCUACGGUCCGGCGGAGGCACCGUACGGGCGGCUCCUGCCCACCAAAGGCCUGGCACAAGCCGACCGCCCACGGGGCGCCGUACGCAUGCAGCCCCCCAAUAGUCCAGGAAUGCUGCAGCGCCGCACACUGACAUUUGAAAGCGUCGCACUGACGGAUGGCGGAUAUGUGCAGUGCUUCUUCCGUCCGCACCGGGACCUACAUGAGUGGAUAUUCCAGACUACAGAGCUAUUUAUUUUCGAGAAAAAUCGUAGGCCCUAACACGGGGGUGUCUUGGUCACAAAUACAUGUUUUUUCUUUUUUCUCCAAUUUUGCCAUUUGGUGUACGUAAAAGUGCUCGGAGUCGAAUCCCGCAGGCAUCCAUCAGUUGAUUGCUUGACCGAGUCGGGGUGGGUAAAGCGACACUUGUA